CGCCGCAACCCAGGCCAAAGGACGGCUUUCUGCACUAUAUCAUGCAAAGACCGCGAAAGCGCUAAUCAAGCCAUCCGACUAGGCCUAAUGAUAGAAGGACGCAAGAUCUCAGCACGCAAACUGCUACCAGAGCCCACUCGCUGCCUAAAAUGUCAACAACUAACUAGCGAACACAUGGCAAGUUCCUGCAGCCAAACAGUAGACACGUGCGGAACAUGCGGAAUGGACCAUCGAACCUCAGAAUGCGACUUCGGCAAAGCGGACCCCCAACACCAUUACUGCGUCAAUUGCAACCUCCAGGGACAUGCCGCUUGGAGCCGCGACUGCCCGAUGUUCAUAAACAGAAGCAACAAGAUGCACAGCAAAUCAGAGGAGGCACGCUACAAGUAUUUCCCUAUGGAAAACAACCCAGAUUCCUGG